AUGGCGGAGAGCGCGACUUCGGACGGCAAGCAAGCGACGGCGGGUAACUCAGCGUCCGGCGACACUUCGACGGGCAGCACCAAGACGGGCGUGACCAAGCGCGUCUCCUUCUCCAGCGCCACCAGCAAGACCUCCGACGCGGACAUGCGCGAGGCCGAUGGCAACGCCUCGACUGACGCUGCAACCCAGGAAACUGGUGACGCGAACUCAGAGUCCAAGGCUCCAGACGCAGGCGGCGUGGCUCCGGUCGUGGACAUGGAGGGCGCCCCUGAGUUCAAGUUACCACGACACGUGACGCUAGAGGACGUCAGGGGACUCAUCUUCGCAGGCAUGCUUCGGCAGGAGGAGGUCGAUCCCCCUGACUUUCUGGUCCCUGAACGCCCCCCGCACUGGAAACUGCCGGCUCCGCCGAAUCUCAAGACCAACGCGUAUCUCGUGGGGGUGCCAGGGAUCGUGAACGACAUUCGCGCGGGCGCGUUCGCCAUGGAAGGCUACGGCGGCGCGACCACGUUGGUCAGCUUCGAGGAGCUCUCCGACGAGGACCUUCAGGGGUUGAAGGAAGUCUGUGGCGCCGACGCUGGGAUCGAUGUCCUAUGUCCACGUCGUUCGCCUCUUUCAGCGUUCGAACUGGACAAUACCCUGAAUUCCAUCGGUAUUCGACGCGAGAUGGCCUCACUCCUGCGUCACUUCAACAGCACAAGGCUCGCUGAACGCGUGUUCAAGAUGACCGGUUACCUGCGUCGAGUCCUCGGGGCCUACCGAAACAUGCGUUCUCUGGCUGACUCUCAGCAGGGUUUCACCGCCACUCAGGAAGUAGUCGACACGCGACGCAAGUACAAGGAACUGAAGCGCGCCUGGAAAUUCACGUGCGACUACUGGUUCCUGGAGGUCCAAGAGGCCUUGGGCAAGGUGGAUGACGCUGAGUCCAAGUACAAAGUCGCGCUGGGCGAGCAGAAGACGCGGUAUCAAGACGAGAUUGAUUCUCUGGAGUCCGUGAAGGCGCAACUCAAGGCGCGCCUUGCCGACUCUGAGGCACAAGUGCGAAUCCUGAAAUCGCGUCUUGAGUCAGCCACCGUGGACCCCUGGAAGUUCUCCGAUUUCCUUCAAGAGCACACAGACUUCACGGGUAAUUGGGAGCACCUCCACGACCUCUUCAAGCUCUGCAUCAAGGGCUCGAAGCCUCCCGAAUCCUGGGACACUGUCAUCAACGUCACGGCCAUGGACAAGCGCAAGGCUGCGGUGGCCCCGUACCCAGAGAAAAGCACACGUAUGCCUCUGUCUUCGGGGUCUGGAUCGUCCGGUCGUCCUGAAAAUCUGGAUCUCACGGAUCCUAGCAGCAAGCCUCGCAGCGGUUCGAAGACCGGGGGCAAAACUCAGGAUUCCAAGAAAUCUCAGGGUUCCAAGAAAGGUCAAGACCCCGGAAAUCACGGGAUUCCAAGGCGCCGGGCGAGUCGCCACGGCGGUCGGCGCACCCUAAGCCUCACAAACGAGAAGACUGUGGUGUCCAAGGAGGCCGCACACACGAUGCUCCCGGGGGGUGUCGUCUGGAAGGAAGUUCGGCCAGACGUACGUCAGGCCAUUCUUGCUGGGCUCAAGUACGACACAGCCAUGGAGUGGAUUGGCAGCGACCGGGCGGCUCACGGGCACUUCAGGCAGCCGCAGCUGAUCAAGAUGCUCGUGAGCAUGAUGUACUGGUGUCGUCUUGACCUGACUCCCUGGGGCAAGUACGUCCCUGAAGCCUACUACGAAAUGGCAGACGAGCGUCUGGGCAGGUGCCUUCGACGCGCGCUCAAGCUGAUGGAGGACGUCGUGGACAUCAUGCACAAGCACGCACAGGCAAUCUGGGAGCGCGGGCAAUGGGUGCCUAUUCCGACUGAAGAACAAGCAGACGCCACCAUGGAAUCUCAGCGGAAGUCGCGUCGAAACGCGCUACGCAGAGCGUACAAGACGCUCGUCGAGCGCUCGCGCAACACUCCUGGGUUCAUCCCGUCGUUGAGGCACGAACCGGGUCUCUGGAAUUUCCCGGACAAGUGCUGCUACUGGAUUUAG